AUGCUCAGAUGGCGACAGCAGCUCUGCCAGCAAAGAGCCCAGAUAGGAGUUGUGCACGAGCUAUCUCACAUACAGGGGGCAGCCGGCGAUUUCAAAUCCAGAAGGACGAGCGUCAGUCGCAAGCUCCCCUCGGCAGCCUAUCCACGCUCCCCAGAAAAGCAAGGCUUGAACUCGCCCUCAGGCAGCAGGGAGGCGGGUCCAGCCAAGGGAGAGAAAGCCCCGCGUGAGGAGGAGUUGCGAAAGAGCCGAGAGGACGUGUGCCGCCGCCCCCACCACGGGAGGCGAGGCCCUCGUGGCUCCGGCUGGAAGCUCUGCCGCCGCGUGCCAGGCCCGCCGUCGGAGCCCAGGCUCCGCGCGCAGCCGGAGGGAGGGACCGGGCACGCGCACCGGCUGGGGGAGGGGGCGGGCCCGCGGGAAGCCCCGCCCCCGGAGCCCGCGAAUUGGUUCCGCGAGGCCCCUGGCCACGCCCACCCGGCGCCCCUCCUUUCUUCCGGGCCCCGAGCCCCCCGCGCGCCGCGUCGGGGCCGCGCUCGCUCUCCGGGCCGCGCGCUCUGCCUGUCCGCCAGUCUGCUCGGCGCGCGCUCGGCGGCGGCCCGACGACGCAGCAGCUGCGCUCGCCGGACGAGGCUCGCCGCUCUCGCGCCCGGCUCCCCGGCCACGGAACGCGGGUCGCCGCCGGCGAGGGUGCAGCCCCGGAGCGGCGGCGGUGAGGACCGGGGGGCCUGGGCGGUGCGGUGGCGGGGAGGACGCGGCGGGGCCCGGGGCACCGGGGAGGGAGGUCGGGACGCGCCCGCCGUCCCGUCGGAAGCGGAGCGGCCGAGGGGUGCGCGGCGGGGAGGCGACGCCUCCUCGGGCGCGUGCCACGUCGCCCAGACCGCCUCCGGGGAGGCGACGGCGGGCGUCGGGCCGGCGCGCGCGGGCAGGGGCCGGCCGGCUUGCACAGGUUGGCCCGGGCGCGCAGGCCGGCGCCCGCCCGAGGCUCGGGGCUCCCCGCCCGCACUGGCCGCGCGCCCCCCGGGCCGGCCGCGUCUGGAUCCCGCUGGCCGACGCCGCCCAGGCGGGCAGGGCCGCCCGCCGCGACCACGCUCGCCGCCCCUUCCACCUCGGCAGCGUCCACCUGGACAGACGCCGGUUUCUGGAAAUCGCGGCAGACGCCCGCCUCUAGAGAUGGGUUGCCAGGGAGGGGGAACGACAAAGUUCGAAACUCCUAGAAGGCCGGGUUGA